AUGACAAACAAGGACGAGAGAAAGAAUCCCCCCGUCGAAGAAGUGGAGGAUGAUGAUGAGCCAGACGAGUGGGAGAAGCGGAUCUCCAGGACCGGCUGUGCGGACGAGCAAAUGACCUUGAACGAUUGCGUUUACCAGAAGAAGGACUGGCGCAGCUGCCAGAAGGAGAUGGAAGCCUUCCGCGAAUGCUGGAAGCAGCAGGGCAACGACCAGCGCACACAAACGCAGGAUGCUUAG